AUGAGAAAAGUUUGCAACUAUUUCAGUUUCCUAUUACUGAAUUAUUGCGCGUUCCCAGACGGCGACCAGGUUCUAGUUGCCAAAACGCCGGUAAAACGAGACUUCGAAGUGAUACACGAGUGGCAGUACCUGAAUUACACCUGGCCGACUUUCUGGACUUACAAUUACGCACUCAGCAACUUCCAGUACAUCCCAGAGAAUAACGCGCCUACCGGCAUCAAGAUCUACGGAGGCAAAAUCUUCCUGUCAGUGCCUAGGUUCCGCCCAGGGAUUCCUGUGACCUUGGCCUACGUCUCCAUGAUCGAUGAGGGUACAAGGAGCAACGAGAGAUUGAGGCCCUUUCCGAACUGGGAGCUAAACAUCAACAAAGACUGCGAAGCCUUGCAAAGCGUCCAAAGCAUGGAGAUCGACCGGCAGGGUUACAUGUGGGUGAUCGACGGUGUAAGAAUGAACGAAGAAACUGACUGCCCAGCUAAACUCCUCAUCCUUGACCUUAAGGAUCGUGGCAGAAGGGUACACAGCUAUGUGUUUCCGGACGAAAUAGCCUUAUCCAGAGGUGGGUUCUUGAAUGAUUUAGUUAUUGACGAUGUUGGAGGUGGUUUUGCUUACAUUACUGAUAAUAGUCCGGUUGAUCCUGGUUUGAUAGUAUACUCGCUGAAGAAAGACAGAUCUUGGAAACUUAGGGAUCCAAGAAUGUUUGCCGAACUCCAAGCAGCGGACUUCGUGGUUAACGGAAUUGUUACCAAAGCUUUAGCUCCGAUAGAUGGCAUUGCUUUAUCCCCUGCUCACUCCAAUAAAAAUAAAAGACUCUUCUUCUCUGCCUUAACUGGAUAUAACCUCUAUGCGAUCGACACAAGCAUUUUGAAAAAUGAGUCGUUAUCAAAGACGGACCAGUGGCGCAGAAGCGUUGUUUUAAUUGGGAAAAAGGAGGCCCAGAGCGACGGUUUGAUGAUAGAUACCAAAGGAAAUCUAUACUACACCCUUCUACCCUUGAAUGGUAUCGGAAGGUGGAAUAUUAACACACCCAUAGCCACGUCGGAGAUAAUUUAUAAGAAUAAGAGGACCAUGAUUUGGCCAGACACCUUCGCAAUGGAUGAAGAAGGAUAUUUGUACGUGAUAUCGAACAAUAUAAAUCAGUUUAUCGAUCCGAAAACGGAAGUGGUUAUUACUGGUGAAGUGAAGUUCAGGAUUUUUCGGUAUUUUACUGGUACCAAGAGCUAUAUGUAUUGA